CAGAAGAAACACAGUGCUCCGCCAGCCACACUGCUUAAGCCAAACUGUGGACCGCGUCAAACAAAGACACCAAGCUCCAGGAAGAGACAAGAUCGCCAAACUGAGCAGCAAGCACCUGCCCAGGUAAUAGUUCCGCCAGCUCCGCCCAGAAAUCAGGGCGCAGGCCAGUACUGAGCCACACCUGGCAUACAGGUACUGAGGAGGACAAGGCUUUAAGUGUGACAACAGGUUGAAAGGAGGGGGAAAGGAGAGGGGACAAUACUCCCUUUACAGACAAAUUACUGAACUUAAUUUGUGCACCUUUUUAGGGAAGUUCAUUAUUGUCGCUCAGUUGCAUUAGAGUCAAUCUUCCCGCCUGUAGGAGAAAAGGAGCACAGUGACAGAUGAUCAUUUUAUCCAUAUAUUAGAUUGGAAGGGAGACCAUGUUCACUACUCCACUACUGGGAAAAAAAUACAGGGAUACCUGCAAAUUCUGCUGAUCAACUGUACUCAGCACCCACUAAACAAAUUAAACAUUUGCUUGAGUGGGGAAAAAAAAGUUUUCCGAAGUCGCCCUCUGUUGGGAAUUCCUGCGUGCGUACACAUCUCUCCUCAGUCAUCACCCAUAAAGCUGAUGAGGAUGAGCCCGAAAUGACUGGAGGGGACAAACCUUGACGAAGUUGACGGCAUUGCGCAGAAGCACCCAGCGGACAGGUGGCUGUCAUCAUCAGCGCACACGGUUACGACAGGAAAGACGCAGAGGACAAGCUCGAGAUGUUUGAUAUAAAAAUACAGCUGAGCUCAGAGAGAAGGGGGGACAGCGGGAUCCAAAGUGACUUUUGAGGUGACGGUCGGCUCGUCGACUCGACAAGAAGACUAACAUUGGGUGUGUGUGUGUGUGAGUGUGAGUGAGUGAGUGAGAGAGGGAGAGAGAUAGAGAGCGCAGCACCAGCAGUCUGACAAAGCUGCGCUCCCUCGAAGUUUGACAUCCCCAGCGGGCUACAGAGGGAGUUGUGCUCCGCCGCUGCCAUGGAGCCUCGGAAGUGUACUGGAUCUGUAUUGAUUGGAUUUUACCUGUGGGCGAUGUUUUGCUGUCAAGGUUGCCAUGGCGGUGUGUACCAGAGGAAGCUGUACCGAGACCUGAUGGAAAACUACAAUCGUCUGGAAAGACCCGUCCAAAACGACUCUGCGCCCAUUGUUGUGGAACUCGGCCUAACACUGCUACAAAUCAUUGAUGUGGAUGAAAAGAACCAGGUGUUGAUCACAAACGCUUGGCUGCAGCUGUAUUGGACAGACAUUUACCUAUCAUGGAACGCAGAGAGCUACCCCGGGGUUCAAAACCUGCGCUUCCCUUCCAAUCUGGUAUGGGUCCCAGAUAUCCUCCUCUACAACAGUGCUGAUGAGAGGUUUGAUGCUACGUUCCAUACAAACGUGCUGGUAAAUGCGUCAGGAUCCUGCCAGUACAUCCCACCAGGCAUCCUGAAGAGUACCUGCUACAUCGAUGUGCGGUGGUUCCCCUUUGAUGUGCAGAAGUGUGACCUCAAGUUUGGCUCGUGGACCCACAACGGCUGGCUGUUGGACCUCCAGAUGAUGGAUGUGGACAUCUCGACCUACAUACCAAACGGGGAAUGGGAUCUAGUAGGUGUGCCAGCCAAGCGUAAUGAGCUGUACUACGAGUGCUGUAAGGAGCCCUACCCCGAUGUGACGUUCACGGUCACCAUGCGCCGCAGGACACUCUACUACGGCCUCAACCUGCUCAUCCCCUGUGUGCUCAUCUCUGGCCUGGCCCUGCUGGUCUUCCUGCUCCCUGCUGACUCUGGAGAAAAGAUCUCACUCGGCAUCACAGUGCUGCUGUCUCUAACAGUGUUCAUGUUACUGGUAGCAGAGAUCAUGCCUGCCACUUCAGACUCUGUUCCUCUGAUUGCUCAGUACUUUGCCAGCACCAUGAUGAUUGUGGGCUUGUCUGUGGUGGUGACAGUCCUGGUACUACAGUUCCACCACCAUGACCCCCAUGGAGGGAAGAUGCCCAAAUGGGUCCGAGUUAUCCUUCUCAACUGGUGCGCUUGGUUCCUCCGCAUGAAGAAACCUGGAGAGGAAAGCAGAGCAGCCAUGAGCCCCCAAAACUACAAGUACUCCCACCCUCCUGCACACCAUACCAGCACCAACAGCAUUCAGAUGAGCACCAUACCAGGGCAGGCAUCCACCCAGUCGACCACGACCAACGGGAGCAUGAACCUGUACUUUGGCUACCACUCAAUGGGCACAGACAACCCUGCUUUCCCACCAAGCACUGAUUCGGGUGUGGUGGUGUGCGGUGGUGGUGGAGGUGGCCAUCCUAACGGCUCCUCUCCACAUGACAUCCACUCAGAACAGACGCGGACUUUGCUGCUGGAGCAGGUUCCGGAAAUUUCCCGGAUCCUGGAGGAAGUGCAGUACAUUGCCAGACGUUUCCGGGAGCAGGACGAGGGGGAGGCAAUCUGCAGCGAGUGGAAGUUUGCAGCGGCUGUGGUGGAUCGGUUGUGCCUGGUGGCUUUCUCGCUCUUCUCCAUCAUCUGCACCUUCACCAUCCUCAUGUCAGCCCCCAAUUUCAUUGAGGCUGUGUCCAAAGACUUCACAUAAGGUUGAUCUCCUCCCUCUCUGAGAGGAAAAAGAGAGCUAACAUUAAAAAUCCUGACAUGAUUACAACUGUGCCACACAAGCCUCCCUGCUACGACAACGUGAAGCCACACAGUUAUUUUAGAAGUGUUGUUACAAGUCACCAGAAGCAAACCUUUCCCUCUAUCUUCACAUAUUUGUCAGUAGUAUAUGGUUGUUUGGAGAUGAUGUGAUUUUUCCCAUUCAGGGUGGCUCUCCUUGCUAACACUGCACAUAAAGUAUACCUCAGUAUGCAGGAGGCUGAGGCUACAUGCAGUAUUUAAUGAUGUAGAAACUCACACUAAUGCACUUUCAUCUGUACCCCUGCUGUACCACAUCAUUUACCUGCCACCACCUGGGCUUCACAUCUCAUCAGAAUAUAUUGCUAACAUUCCCUUCUCUUACAGCUCUUUUUUCUGCUAUUUUCCUCACUUUUUCCACUUCCUUUCCCAUGUGUCGUGCUUCUCAUCUUCUACAAAUGUCUUAAUGUCUUCAGCAGUUACAUACAGUACAGUCAGUAGAGUUUUUGCAGGCCUGUAUUCUAGUGAUUCUACAUCUCACUUUAUAAAUAUGGUGAAGCUGAGAUUAAAUCUUUUUAUUAAGUUGUUGAAUUUACUGAGAGCUGCUGACCUGUUGACUCUGUACGCCUGUGCAUCUCACUUCUCUUUAACUAGAGCUGCAACUGUUCGCUUUCAUUUUAAAUUAAUACACUUAUAAUUUUCUUGAGAUAGUGAAAAAUGCCUGGUAGUUUUCUAGACUCAAAGGUGAUGUCUUCAGAUUGCUUGUUUUAUUCACACAACAGGGAGUGAUGAGGCCAGAGUCUAGAUGCCAAUCUAGAGUGACACCUGCGAGCUAGUUCAGGCUGUCAACUCGAGCUGCAUUGAUUCAUACAUAGACGUCAUAGGUCUACAAAACACACCCUCCCAAUUUGGCGGUCUAUUUAAGCUGCAAAAUCUUCCCAGCUCUCCCUCUGCCUUGUCUAUGCUGCUGCUGCCCUGCAUCAGCACUGCUGCUCACUUUCAGCCCUACUUCCAUCCCCAACAUCCACAUGCAGGCUCCGGCUAAGGGGAGAAAUAUUUAAUAAUCACUCCCCAAUAUCACAUGUAAACAUACCUGCGGGAAGCGAUGAGGCCGUAGUCUAGAUGCCAAACUCUAUGUUCUGCUGUUGAAAUAAACUUUUAAAACAUGAGUUGUCUGACUGAAAUGGAGCAACGCCUGCAAGCUAGUUCAAGCAGUCAACUUCACUGAUUCAUACACACACGUCAUACUUCACUCUCCAUGUUAUCUACAAAACACACCCUCCAAAUUUGGUGGUCUGUUAAAUUAAUUUUUCAACCCAGUUGCCGGGAAAAAAUAUUGGCAUGAUAAAUCUCUGCAAACCAUGGACAUGUUGAAUUCAUUGGUUAGAUUACUGAGUAUGAAGUGAGUACAUUCUCCUAUAUAUUCCAGUUACUUUUUGGCUGAUGGGAUGGGCCAGAAAUAGAAGUGGGUAAACCCCGUAUACUUGCACCUUCAUUAAUUCCCUUAUUACAUUUGACGUUUCAACAACGCUGUGGUUAAUGUAUUAGUGAUGUCUUGGUAAAAACAACUGCUUUGAUGGGUAGCAACAAAGCACCCACAUUUGGCCUAAAAAGCCAAUGGAAACACAACAAUGACUCGCUAAAUGACAAUGGGUUUUGUUGGUUUUUUUGGUCAUAAACAGUUUGACUGCAGCUUGGCAGGCGUCUCUUCUAUGUGACACACCAUACACCAUGCUUUCCACCUCCCAAUGACAAAGUCAGCACAUAUGUCACUUUAAAAAUGCUGAUAUAAUAUGUAUGAAAUGUGCAAAUGUAAUGGACUUGUGGUUUCCAGAAACGUAUCCUGCCAACAUUUUCCUCUGGCCACGGGGCUGCAUAUAUGAAAAAGACAAGCAUCAAUUCCUGACAUUUGAGGAGCUGGAAACAGUGAAUAUGUUUGCUUGAAAAAUGACUAAAACAGUUUGUUAAUAAUCAGAAAAAGCUACCGAUUAACUGUCUCUUGAUGGACUCAUGUUUCAGCUGUACUUUAAAGAUCUCCAUCUUAUCUCAUUUUUCCCAUUUGUAGUUACUGGAUUGGUCCUUACUCACCUCCUUCUUGCCUUCCAAGUCAUUCUCAUUAUUUCCUUGCACUUCCCUUCUGGCACAUCUUACAUCCAGGUGGUUCUAUAUCCAUAAAUGUGAAAAGAUAAAGUUUUACCAUCGGCAGUAAAAGUCAUACUUCACUAUGACAUCAGAGACAUUUACAGUUUUGCUCUUUUCAAGACAGUUUAUUAAAGCGUGAAGUAAUUUCAGAGGGGAUCUCCCAACAUUUCUCUUUGCCAUCAUCCCUUGUGCUAAACAAUGUAGUUAGUUAGCAUAUGAUACACUCUGACUAUUUUUAAAUCACUAACAUUAAUUAGCAAUGUAUUUUUCUUUUGAGAGUAAUGUUUAUCUGACUUGUGUGCAAGUUACACAAUGUGCUGCUGUAUUCGCAGAAAAGCUCACAAUGAAGAAAGAAGAUCAGUGCAAGUAGUGAUUGAAAGACUAUUUGUUCUUCUGAGGGAUUUUUAAACAGAUUCUGAGGGGAAAUCACCCCGUUAGGGACACAUUCGGUACUAAUCUUUUGUAGUGCCGAGUGCUUUGUGUUUUUACUCUCUAAUACUCAGCGAAAGGCAAACACUUUCUUCUCUAAUCUCUAGCAACAACAUGCAACAAGGAUUACUGGGUGACCUUAUGUAACAGAUUUGUGUUAAACCUUCUCACUACCCGAGCAUCCCCGCUGAUCCUCAGUGGUACAAGACACGCAUGAAUUUCCACUUUUACGCACGCAAGUGCACUCGCAGACUUCUCCAAAACUCGCACAUGGCCAUUCUAAGUGGAGUUUUAAGAAGAACCGAGGGGGAAUAAAAACAUCAAAAUGCUGGACACUGCGUGACUGCUGCAGAAACAGCCACUGAAAUGGAAUUCAUGCUGUUACAGUUAAUCAAUGGGCCGAGUGAAGACAAACAGCUGCCACCCAUCGACUAGCCUACCACUCUUUGACUCCAAGACUGUAAAGCAUUUAAAUGUCAUGUCCACUUAUAAUGGACAAACAGGACAAGGUGAAGCCAGUACUUUGCAGAACUCUGUGUUCCUUCAUUUUUUAUCCAGCUUUGAAGUUUUAAUCUUCAUACCCCUUUUUUAAUUUCCAACCAGAAUGUGAUUUUUUUUUGUUUUAAACAAUGCAAAUAUGGUCAGUCUUUUAUGUAAUGUAAUGGUAUUAGGUUAAAGGAAUAGCUCCAUGUUUAGGGUUUCUUGUCAAGAGCCGAUAAAGAUAUAACUCUAAUGUGUGUGUGGUUAAUACAAAGCUACAGCCAACAGCCAGUUAACUUAGCUUAGUGUAAAGACAGGAAACAGGGAAACACUACUUAACCCAAUUAGUUGUUUUACUUAUUCUUCUGUUUUUGUAUGGAUUAAACAGACAAUAUAUAACUUGAUUGCUUUAGUACAGUAAAUAUGAGACUACAGCAAGUAAGGGAGACCGGGGUUGGCUGGUACACUGCUACUUUCUGGUCCUUUAAAGGUCACAGCAAAAAAGAUGUAACAUCAAAACCUACUGUGUUAAAACAUCUGACAGUCAUUAACUUUUUUUUGGCAAGGAUAACAUUUCAGUUUUAUGGUAUUGAAAGUAAAAAAGUGGUCUGUGGACUAAAUGCAUUGUAAACUGUGUUAGACAGAGAUACUGGAAAAGUGUUACUUUUAGUUAACAGACAUAACAAUCAGCUACAUUUUAAUAUAAGAUCUGAAAGUCUCUGACAAGUGAUGUUUGCUGGCUAACAUAAUUUUCUUCACAAAGUUGGGUCAAAUCUGAGCUUUGUUGGUUGGCACAUGUUGCAAAAUUAACAACUGUAACCCGUAUUUUCAGAGAUUUAAACUAUUUGAUUGAUUAAAAACAAUAUUUAUCAUUAUUAGUCCAUACCCAUUGAGUACAGCAUUCCAUACCAUG